AUGACGGCAAAAAUCGAUCCACAGAUAGCCGAAUCAAGAGAAAGGAGAGCCGAAUUACGAGCGGCCAAUGGAAUAAUACAACCAACCUUCGAAAGAAUAUCAUCUAGCGAAGAGACGGUUGAAACAGCUAUACCAGAAACGGCUACACAAGAGCUGGCAAUUAUUCUACUAGCGUAUUUACCAACGGAUGAUGUCGACAACUACGACGCACGUGACUACUACGACGCACGUGUUAACUGUGAUGCACGUUAUAUCUGCAAUGCACCUGACAACUGUGAUGCACGUGACAACUAUGAUAGACCGAAACAGGAGCAUACAAAUGAGAUGAAAGAGCGGGAAGAUGAGAAUGACAUAAGAGUGAAGCAGAUCCAAGUAAAGACGGAAGAGAAGGAGAAACAGUCCAAAAAUAGCUAUACCGUAUCGUUAGAAAAUGGAGAAUUCAUCGCCCGGAUCAAUGACGUGGUGUAUCUGGUCCGAGAACGAGGUAAGCCUCGGAUCAAAAUAAAGAUCGUUCUCAGAAUCAGAAGAUCAGCGCAACGAAGGGAAUUGACCAAAUCAAGGACGAUUUUUGGUCUCAGUGGCGGGCAAUGUCACAGCCGUGAGGUUGAGGUGGAGACUAAUAAAGCAGAGAAGGACUACAACAGGAAAGAAAAGGACGGAACAAAGUUGAGUGAUAACAGUUGA